AUGCCCCGAAGUCUGAGCGUCUGCAGCCGACGAAGUUAUGCAGUACAACAAGGUGGCGCCCCUAGCAUCUCCGUCUUCUCCAACGAGGCCAAGCAACAGCAACGAUGCCGCGCCGCCGCAGACAUUGAAGAGUCAAGGGCCACAGACUAUCUGAGAGACGAGGUGGCCACACGGCUGUGCAGCCGUCUCCUGGAUAUCAACCGCAACUUCGACAAGGUGCUCGACUUCGGUGCCAAUGCCUGCAACAUUGCCCGUAUCCUCACCCUACCAGACCCGGAUCCCGAUUCUGCCAAACCCGUGUCGGAACCAUUGAGCUCAAAAGUUGGCCACCUGACAUGCGCCGACCACAACCAGGCCAUGCUGCAUCGCGAUCAGAACGAGCCUUUCAACAAAGACAUGUCCUUGACACGCCAUGUGCUUCAGAACCCAGAGACGCUUCCAUUCGAAGCAAACUCUUUCGACCUCGUCAUGUCAUCGCUGAGCUUGCACUGGAUCAACGACUUGCCAUCCGUCCUCUCCCAAAUCAACAACGUCCUCAAGCCCGAUGCUCCCUUCAUUGCAGCCAUGUCUGGCGGUGACUCUAUAUUCGAGCUCCGUGGCUCUUUGCAACUCGCUGAGCAGGAUCGUCUUGGCGGCAUUGGCACUCACGUCUCACCACUCGCCGAUGUGCGCGAUGUCGGCAAUCUCCUCACUCGUGCUGGCUUCAAGCUGCUCACAGUUGACGUCGACGACAUUAUCGUCGAUUAUCCCAGCACCUUACACCUGAUGCGUGAUCUGCAAGCCAUGGGCGAGUCAAACGCUGCUCUCAAGCGCACACCUGGGCCCAUCUCAAGGGACGUGCUUUUGGCCACAGAGGCCAUCUACAAGGAGCUGUAUGGUAACGAAGAUGGAAGCAUCCCUGCCACAUUUAGAACUAUUUACAUGAUUGGCUGGAAGGAAGGUGCGAACCAGCCCAAGCCUUUAGAAAGAGGAACAGGAGAGAUCAACAUCAAGGACAUCCUGGAAGGUGGAGGUUCAUACAACGGAUAG